ACCACCUUUCUUCCUACUACGGUUACAGACAUCCCCACGACCACGCGCGUGCGACAGGAGCUUGGGCAAUCGUGACACCACCGCAGUCCGCAGCAGCAACCGGCAGCAUUCACUAUGUGUGGCGGCGCGAUCAUCUCCGAGCUCAUCCCGGAGCGCGACCACCACCGCGCCGGCAGCAAGCGGAGCCGCCUCUGCACCGCCGACUUCUGGCCGCACGCCGCCGCCGCUUUCGACGACCCUACCGACCACGAUCUCUACCCCGACCUCACCGGCGCCGGCACGUUUCCACCCGAUCACCAAGCAGAGCCGAGCAGGAAGCGGGAGCGCAAGACGCUGUACCGCGGCAUCCGGCGCCGGCCGUGGGGCAAGUGGGCGGCGGAGAUCCGGGACCCGGCCAAGGGCGCGCGGGUCUGGCUCGGCACCUUCGCCACCGCCGAGGCCGCCGCGCGCGCAUACGACCGCGCCGCCAGACGCAUCCGCGGGGCCAAGGCCAAGGUCAACUUCCCCAACGAGGACCCGCCGCCGGAAACCGACGACUACGAUCAUGACAUCGUCCACGCCGUGCCGCCCUGCGACGCCAGCGGCCUCCUCGUGGACGGCUACGACAUGGCGAGCUUCUUCCAGCACCAGCCCUACAUGGCUGACACCGUCACGGUGGCGCACGAGGAAGCGCCGGUGUACGCGCACCAGCUGCCAAGGCAAGAGGAGUGCAUGAUGGAGCUCUGGAGCUUCGACGACAUCCACACGGCCGGACAUAUCUGAUCAUCAAAUCGGUGGUGUCUUCUACAUGUAAUUUCCAGUUUAUUUGUUAAGCAUACUCAUGUUGAACCUGUAACAAGUUCUGAAUUCUAAUCUGUCAUUGUUCGCUGCAGUCUU